CGUCUGUUCUACGCAGCUUCACUUCCGGCCCAAGCGCUCCCGCUUCGCUUCAUUUGUUGAUUGGCAACCAAUCGGACCAUGUCGGUGUCCUUUUGGCCACUGCUGGCCGCCGCCUUGCUGUCUACAUUGCUUACGUUCGCCGAUGGACACGUCCGCUUUGUGUGCCCGAAGCCCAAAAGCCUGACUUCGUCUCUUUAUCGUCGGCCUCCUGGAAGCAAAGGGGAACGUCAGUGUGAUGGGAAGUCGAAAAUACCACCUGCUGAUGGAACUUACACGUUACUCUCUCCAGGGCCUUACACUUUACGGUUUGAAGAAACUGAAUAUCACAAAAACUCACCAUUUCGAAUCUCAUUACACCAAUAUGGAGAUAACAGCUUCUACUGUAUCUUGCUGGACCAGAUUCCUCACAACAACGAAGCUUCUACCAUUGGGACAUACUGUGAUACUGAUGGUGGGCUGAUUGGUGGAUGUAAAGGAAGCACCUACUUCAUCACAGUUCACAUUCCUGACAUCGAUUGUGACAACUGCUACCUGCAGGUAACCUUCAUCAACACGGACACAUCCACAGGUGAUACCUGUCGCCUUGACGAUUACCUCUGUACAGCCUACUGUAGCAUGGCUAAUGUGAAAAUCAAAGCCACUGAACCUGGUAUGAAAAAUCUGUCCUACUGUGAAAAUUAUGCUGAUAACCUGUAUGGCAAAUGGCCCUUUACUCCAAGGGAUAUAUAUAAGGUGAAGCUACCAGGAUUAGAUCCUGUAACCAUUGUACAUGAAGUUACGUGGCAGCAGUUAAAGUUUCGAACCCAGCUCUUUGAAAAAGGGGUCGUUGAAUACAUGUCAGUAUGCAAUGAGACAGACAAUUCAACCACACACCAGCUGCCCCUCAUUCAACUACCAGUUGAGGCCAACAGCAGCCAUUCAGAACUUGUUAUGAAAUACGUGGUGGGGGAAGAUUUCACUGUACAAGACCUACAGAUGCUCAAGGCUGGACAGCUUCAUCUCCAUGUCACCACAACAGACGGCAAAGACUUCUACCCAAGCAUAACACUCCAGAAGUCACUGUACGAGCCUGGCAUCUACCGACAACAUUCGGCCCCCUACACCAGCGCCGGGUGGCUAGCAGGCCCCCAGUUUGUGGGGACCACGGCGAGUUACCCCAUCAUCUCCUGGGGCUUCAGCAAUUGUUCAUAUACCUCCAGAUAUUUCAUUUCUCAACUACACCCCACGGAUGAAACCCACCACAACACCACCCUCCCCCACGGUGUCAUAGGAGUCACAUUCAUGGAGAGCAGAGCAGUGGUCACUGCAACUUUCGUAGGACUCAUUGAAGAGUUGGCUUCGGUGAAAUUUGUUGGACCAGAUCUGGGAGGAGCCCCUGACCUGGUGGUGAAUAUUGAAAACCUGACUGACCAAACCAUCUUUAUAAUUUCUGUUGAUGCUUCACGGCAGAUACCUUAUUUUGAUACAGUUCAGUUUUUGAAGAGAGUUGAAAUCUACCCACGGUCUGACAAUCCCCACCCUGUGAUGGUCGGCGAAUUUGAAGAAGGAAUGUUGUCUGUGAUACGAGGUCCUGAUAUGCGGAUGGUCGGACAAGCGGUCUUUCAAUUCAGUAGAGAUGGAGAGUGGCAUGGCCUGUUGAUGGUGAGAGGUGUGGCUGCCCCUGUUCAUAGCGUUCAAGUCUUCACCGAGAGCCAGUCCGACCAACCCGAUGAUCCAGUGUUACAUCUCAACAAAUUCCUCAAGCCCCAACCAGACGGUUCCCUUUUCGGGGUCCUUAACAUCACUGGUCAAGACAGUGAGUUCUACCUGAACCUUUGGCUUGGUAAACUCUAUGUUGCUGUGGUAACUGACAACAUGUCUGCAGACCACUCUUUCUACAGAGGGCAGGUGUCAGUUCCAGGGGCCUGGUAUUGCACUUCAAAGGAGUUUGGAUUCUGUCCAGUUACAGUCAUGCAGCAUGCCUUCUUUGAGACCUACCACAAGUUCACUGGAUUUACUCCCCAUGGCUUGGCUUCAUUUGUGUUGGACCGUGUCAAUGUUUUCUAUUACAGUAUUCACCUGGAAGGAUUUGAACCCAUGGAGACUGUCACGGAGGUCAACAUUCUCAAUGGGGAACGAACGCUUGUUACUCUGAGUAGCUCAACGCAGAACAUCCAGCCAGGAACCAGAGUAUUUCAUCUAUAUGGCUCCAUACCAGGACAUUCCCCAGAAAUGUUAAAAUACUUAACACAUGGGACACUGAAGGUUUGUGUGAAGACAUCUCUAUUCAAGGAAGAAGGAAUCAUAGGACAGAUCCCCAUGCUUCAGCGAACACAGUGUGGAAAAUCUCAGAUAAUCACAGUGGGAGGCACAACUGGCUGGAGCCCCAACAGUACAGACAUUAGCAAUUUAUCCAUUGUCCAGGGAGACAUGUUAGGGUUUGUCUAUGGAGCCACAGAGAAUGUCAUCUUACUGAAGGAUAAGGACCACUUCCAGAGAUGUGACUUCACUGACAGCCGUCCUAUAGGAAACAAACUACUGCUGUCAGAGAGUAAGGGAACAGUACUACACCCAUUCCCCAAACCUGGAACAUUUUACAUUGCUUCACAGUCCUCCUGCAAUUCCACGCAGCCCCUAAAAAUGGUCUUGACAGUUAUUGAUAACAUCCACCAUAGCGAACAGUACAUCAAAUCCCAUUGCCGAGACUCUGUCUACAUGGUGUGGCGCCAGGCACAACUGGACAAAUACCAUGGAGUGGACGGGGUGGCUGCAUCAUUGGGCGGAGUGGUCGUCGGUCUCGUCAUACUGUCAGCUGUCCUGCUCUGGGACCGCCUUCUUAAUGCUGAGUCGUCGGGAGUCAACGGAUUCGAGAGAUUCUAACACAUGUGACUGGUCUUGGUCAUUGCUGACCAUAAUACUCAUGAUCUGUUUUGGCCUUUAUUGGCCACACUUUUAAUCCUCUUGGUCUUGACUGACCAUGGCCCUAUGCAAGCUUGAUCUCCAUCGAUUGUACCCCUGUCCAGAAAUGGCCUGGACUGAUCAUAUCCUUAUCUCUUGUCCACACUUUGUCUGGACUGACAAUAUCCCUGUCCAGACUUAGUCUGGACUAACCAGACCCUUGUCCACUGUUGUUCUCAACUGACCAUGUCCCAAACCAGACUUUGACCAUACCCAUGUCCAGACUUAGUCUGCACUGACUUUAUUACUGUCCAGAUUGCAUCUGAACUGACCACAUUCCUCUUCACUACUGAUCUCUACAGACCGUGCCCCUAUCCACACUUUGACCAUGUCCCUGUCCAGACUUGGUCUGGACUAACUAUACCCCUGUCCAUUGUUUGUCUCUGCUGGCCACACCUCUAUCUACACUUGAUCUGCUUUGACCAUUCCCUUGUCCAGACUUAGUCUGGACUGACCAUGCCCUUGUCCAUUGGUCUUUAUCAAUCACACCCCUGCCCAGUUUUGGCCUUCACUGACCACACCUGACCCUCUAGGUCAACACUGACUAUACUCCUGUCUAGUCUUGUUCUCUACUGCCCACACUCUUGUCCAAACCUGAUCUCCAUUGAUACCCCCCACCACUGUCAAGACUUGUUGUCCUCUGACUACACCUCUGUUUUAACUUGGUCUUCAUUGACCACAUCCCUAUCCAUCAUAGUCAUGACUGACCACACCGUUGUCAAAACUUGACCACCACUGUCCACUCCCUUCCCUUCUUGGUCUCAACUGGCCACACCCCUAAUCAAACUAGGUUUUCAGUUGACCAUAACUUUGUCCAAACUUGGCCUCCACUGUUGACUCCUAUCCCUCUUAACCCUUUUUGUUACCAGCCUGGCUGAAACCGCCUCUGGCUCUGAGUACAAAUGUCUUGUUUCAUGGAUUCUGAAUUUAAAUUUUCCACCAAACCUUAGUCACAAUUUAUGUUCCUAAAACCAGCAUUAUCAUAAUUAAGUUAUUUUACUAAAUUCUUUGUUAUAUUUAAAAUUAAUUGAAAGAAACACAGAGCAACUCAACAGAAAUAUGGUAACAAAAGGGUUAAUCUCUUGGCUCACCCCUGAUCAAACUUGCUUUCCACUUGAUCACCAUACCCUUGUCAAGACUUGACCUCCACUGUCCACUCCCUUCCCUUCCUGGUUUCAACUUGCCAUACUCCUAAUCAAACUUGAUUUUCAAUUGACCACCCCAAUCCCUCUUAAUCUUGGUUGACCACACCCCUGGUCAAACAUGGUUUCCUUUGACCACACCCUUGUCAAAAACUUGAUAUUUGCUGACCAUCCCCAUCCCUCUUAAUCUUGGUCUCAACUGGCCACACCCCUGGUCAAACAUGGUUUCCAGUUGACCACACCCUUGUCAAAAACUUGAUAUUUGCUGACCAUCCCCAUCCUUCUUAAUCUUGGUCUCGACUGGCCAUGCCCUUGGUCAAACUUGGUUUCCAGUUGACUGCACCCUUGUAAAAACUUGGUCUUUGCUGGUCAUGCCCUGUUCAUCUUUGUCUCAACUGACCACACCCCUAAUAAACAUUGGUUUUUCCUUGCCCAUUCCCUUGUCAAAACCCAGUGUUCACACAACACACCCUAUCCAUCUUGGGCUUGGUUGGCCACACCCCUGGUCAAAUUUGUUGUUUUUUUUCCCCUGACCAUAUCCUUGUCAAGAUUUGGCCUUCUCUGACAAUGUACCCCUCCUGACAAUCUGAUAUUUCAUGAGCCACAUUACUGACCAUUCUUGGUCUCAGCUGACCAUGGUCCCUUAAUGAGCCCUUUCUUUUGAUCUCAUUUCAGCCAAUGCUGACCAAAAUUGACCGUAUCUUGGGAACAUUCCUACUAACUGUGCAACCAUUGAAAAAAAAAACAUGCUUGUCCCCUUGGGGGUGCUUUUGGUAUGCUGUCACCUCAUUU